AUGGCUUUAUCUGGACCAUGCUUCCAGAGGGGUUUGGAAGCUCUACGGAGACAAGAUGAAGCAUUUAGAGGGGAUAAACACAAUAUAGAUGGAGCGGGAGAAGAGUGUUCAGGGGAUGUGAAAGAAAAGGAUUGUGGGGGUAAGGUGAACACAGAAGAAGAAGAGAAAGAUAAUGAAGCAUUUAGAAGGGAGGGAAACAGCAAGAUAGAUCUAGAGAGAGAGACAACUGAAGAAGAGGAGGAUGACGUUCAAGAAGUGAAAGAACUAAAAGAAGAGUGGACAGUUGUUAGAGGGCAGAAAGGUGGAAUAGAGGAUGUGGAUUCAAUAAGGGUAUACGGCAGAGAUUCCUAUACAAGAGAAAUGUUCCAAACCCUGCAGCAGCUCAGGGACUCCUCUCUCCUCACUGACCUGACUCUGAGCACUGAGGAUGGGCAGCGUCACCACGCGCACUCCCCUGUCCUGGCUGCUGUCAGCUCCCUCGUACACCAGAGACUGCAGGAGAGGGAUGAGGAGAUGGAGAAGAGGAGGGAGAGGAGAGAUAUUGACAUGUAUAUACAGACAGCGAUAUCCAUCAGUCUGGGUCUUGGAGUGGGGUGUGUGGGGCUGGCAGGGGUGCUGGAGUUUGCCUACACUGGGACCAUAGCAGCUCUGAACAGAGAAACACUGGCCCAGAUACAGACUGCAGCUAAAACACUAGGGGUCCCCAGAGUUCUAGAACUCUGCAGUGAAGAGGAGGAGAAGAUGAAGAGGGGAGAGAAGAAGAGGGCAGACGAAAAGAAGAGAUCUGCUGAAGAACAGAUGAAGGUCAGUCUUCAGUCCAUCAGACAGUUGUGGGCAGAGAGAGUGGGCUGUGAUGUGGAGCUGGAGGUUGGUGGGACAUCAUUUCAUGGUGAGUAGACUGAAGUAAAAAUACAUCACAACUAUGUACUGUUGAAUGAUAGUGGAGACAAUUUAGUCAUGGGGGCUCGUCCAGGAUCAAGCUAAAUAACCCAUACAUGCUUAUGAUGGUAAUAAUAUUGAUUUUGAGCAUGUGAUGUUAAAUGUGAUGUUAAAGGUCCAAUGCAGCAUGUUUUCUUUUAUCUUAAUAUCAAAUCAUUUCUGGGUAACAAUUAAGAACCUAACUGUAUUUGGUUUAAAUUAAAAUGGUCAACAAGAAACAAAAAUAUAUUAUCUUAGCAAAGAAAAAUUUCUCAAGCAAGAAUUUAGCUGGACUAUUUGGAGUGGUCUGAGUGGGGAGGGGAAAACAGAAAAUUAGCUGUUAUUGACAGAGAGCUUUGAACUAACUUUCGUAUUGGUGUAUUAACUAAUUUACAACCAGGUGAUGUCACCAGGCAGGACAAAACCCCAUCACACCAAAACAGACAGAAAUUUCAGGUGGUCUUUUCAAACAGCUCUUACACUAAAAUGGCAUUAUCAUAAUUUUCACAAUUUCACAGUAUUAAUCGAACCUCAUAGUGUAGAAUUACACACUGAGUGUACAAAAUGUUAGUAACUCUUUCCAUGACAUAGACUGACCAGGUGAAUCCAGAUGAAAGCUAUGAUCCCUUAUUGAUGGCACUUGUUAAAUCCCCUUCAAAUAGUGUAGAUGAAGGGGAGGAGACAGGUUAAAGAAGGAUUUUGGCACAAUUGAGACAUGGAUUGUGCCAAUCAGAGGGUGAAUGGGCAAGACAAAAGAUUUAAGUGCCUUUAAACGGGGUAUGGUAGUAAGUAGGUGCAAGGCGCACCGGUUAGAUUGUGUCAAGAAUUGCCACACUACUGGGUUUUUCAUGCACAACAGUUUCCCGUGUGUAUCAAAAAUGGUCCACCACCCAAAGGACAUCCAGCCAACUUGACACAACUGUGGGAAGCAUUGGAGUCAACAUGGGCCAACAUCCCUGUGGAACGCUUUCGACACCUUGUAGAGGCUGUUCUGAGGACAACUCAAUAUUAGGAAGGUGUUCCUAAUGUUUUAUACACUCAGUGUGUAUAAAACACUAGAAAAUCACGUUUUUGACUGCACUGGGCCUUUAAAUGCAGUGUUUUCCCUAAGCACCGGCUGUCGACUAAUCAGCCAAUAACAGAUUCAUUGUCAGCCGGUUUCAUUUUCCACUUCAUUAACAAGGCUUCGUUUCAUUUAAAGUUUCAAUUCGCUAGUCAGAAAAGUCUGUAUAUAGAGUACCACAGUAUGAGUCAUAAUACCCAUACAACCUAACAGUCAAACAGGGAAAUUGUUUUUUUCUUAGGCUUUUGCCAAAAUAAACUAGAUUUAGUUGUUGCCCCAAUAAAAGUAAUUUUAAGGGCAGACUAGACUUGUUUUUCUGACUAGAUUACUAAUCUACCGCCUUCCCUCAGUCCCACCCACAGUGAUUGAUUGACAGGCCGAACUGUUAAAGGGAUAGUUCACUCAAAUUACAAAAUUACACAAUGGUUGUCUUACCCUAAGUAUCCACAGCAGCAGAGCCAAUAAAAUACAUAAUUUGAAGAACAAAAAUAAUUGUGGCAAUUCAUAUCUUGCAGUAAAUAUGACUUAAAUCUCAAUAGAAGAAAGGUUUAAUGUAAAAAAGGUUAUCUUACUUAGAAAGUAGGCCUGAUCAUAUAGGUCUAGGCUAUGAUGUUAUCCAAAACAAUUAACAACACACUGAAGUCAUAUAUUUUCAGUAAAAUUUUAUUGCAAAGUCAUUUUAAAGCCAUCAUUGUAAAGUCAUUCAAUCAUUUAGCUGUGUAGUUUGAAUGGAAUCAAGGCAUUAGAAUGUACCAGAGGCCACCAAAAUAGAGCUUGUGCUGCAAAAUAAAAUCACCCCAGGACCACAAUCCCCCCCCCCCCCCCAGCCUGGAACUCAUUGGCUGGCUUUUCUUUUUGGCUGGCUACUCCAUGUACUUACAGAAAACACUGUAAAAAAGAAUAAUAGGAUGAUAUAUAUUAAUAUUAUUAGUAUAUUAAUAUAUAAUAACAAAAUAAUAAUAUUAAAUAUGAAUUGUAUAUUUUUUUGUUAAUUGUUGGGGACUCAUCUGGGAUCAAAACAAAUUGUAAUAUUAUGCCUUUUGUCUUACAUCUGAAUUCAUAAGAGUCAUGAUAAACCAAAUGUGGAAGUAGUCUAUUUAUGAGAUAACAACAAUAAUCAAUUUCGUCUUCUCUCUCCUGACUCAAGUCCACAGAGUGCUCCUGUCUGCCAGUAGUGACUACUUCCGGGGAAUGUUCACCAGCGGGAUGAAGGAAUCCCAGCAGCCCUGUGUGGCCCUUCCCUUCCUGGAGGCCUCUGAGCUGGAGGCCCUGAUUGACUGCUCUUACAGCGGGUCCCUCCCCCUCUGCUGGGGACGUGUCUUUGAGAUCACAUGCAUUGCCUUCCAGCUCCAGUUCCAGCCCGCCCUCUUGCUGUGCCUUGACUUCCUGGAACAGGAAAUGGACGCCCACUCCUGCCUGGACGUGGCAUCUUUCGCUGAGGCUUAUGGGAUAACGGAACUCCUCGAAGUGGCCAACGACUUUGUCCUGAGACACUUCCAAAAUGUGGCAGCCACCCCUAAAUUCCAAGACCUGCCAGUUAAGAAGCUUAGAAAAUACCUGAAAAGCAACUCCCUCUUUGUACCCUCAGAGCUUGUGGUCUUCAAGGCAGUAGUGGUCUGGAUCGAGGCCUGUCCCAGUCAAAGGCUUAAAUUCACCAAAGAGCUGGUGAAGAACAUCCACUUUCCCCUCAUGACCUUCACGGAGUUCAGUGAAGUUAAAACCGCAAAACUGUGGACUGAAUGCAACAUGAAACAUCUCUACAUGACUAUACUGGAGGACUUUCGCUCCUAUCACGUUACACCUUGGAGCCUGUGCAGGGUCUACCAGCCCAAGGACAGUCUAGUCUUGGUGGGUGGAGACCAGAUCUCUGCCGACUUUAUCCGGCGAUCCCCCAGCCGAGAACUGUGGUUCGGAAACUCUCUGAGGAACUACACAGGCAUUGUGAAGACAGUUGAGUGGAGGUUGCUGGGAGAGAUGCCAAAGCCACCAAGGUUAAGUCACGAGGUGGCUGUGCUCGCAGGGAAGUUGUACGUGCUCGGGGGACAGAAUUAUAAAGGAAUGCUUGCCGUUUUAAACUCAGUCUACAGGUGAGAUAAGAACUUUGGGGUUUGUAUCUACUAACGAAUGAGUCCUUUAGGUAUUAAUAUUUUUACAUAUUUAUGUUUUUACAUUAUUUUCUUCCUUCAUCUCUCAUUCUUUAUGUUCUUUCAGAUAUAAUCCGCUUCAGGACCGCUGGGAGAGAUUGGCCGACUUGCAGGAGAAAAGGUGUAAUUUUUCUGUGGUUGUUCUGGACGAGAUUAUAUAUGCCAUUGGAGGGUACAUUGAUCCAGAAACUAACCUGGAUAGUGUGGAGCGCUACUGUCCAAAUACAGAUUCUUGGAGGUAAGGUUUUUCUUUGGUAACUCAAAAAGGAAUGGUAUCACAGAAUCGCUUGCGGUAGUUAAUUGUUCCAUUGGAAAUGGUAUGUAACUUAUUAAGUACAACUUUGUUUCUUUGUUGCUAUCUUUACCAAAUGUGGCAUUCCCUGUUAGCUUUGCCCAACCCUUGGACAUGACCUUGAGUUGCCAUGCUGCCACAUUGUUGGAUGGAGAGAUCUUCAUCUCAGGGGGGUUCGACUGCAGGUACCAGUGUCUGGUGUCCAUGUUCCUGUACCAUCCUGAGAGAGGAACAACCUACCUGGCAGAGAUGAGCCAACCUCGAGCCCAUCACUGCAUGGAGACUUUAAACAAUCAUCUUUAUGUGGCUGGAGGAGUCACUGUUGAUGAAAACAUGACGUCUAUCGACCAGCUGGCCUGUGAGGUCUACGACCCUGUUAGUGACUCCUGGAGUGCCCUCAUGCCCCUGGCCGUCUCCCAUGUUAGAGCAGCCUCUGUGGUUCUGGAGGGGAAGAUCUAUGUGCUGGGAGGAUACUGCCAAGAGGACUACAGGGAGACCAGACUGGUGCAUCGGUAUGAUCCCACCAACCAACUUUGGGAGAAUAUCGGCGAGAUACCCGGACCUAACACUGACAUAAGAGCCUGUUUGCUCCACCUGCCCAAACACUUGAGACAAUGAAAAAUCACUAUACAUCCCAUAACACCACACUAAAUAUUAUGCCACUACAUGACCUACACCUUACUCCACCCAACUCUUAUAAGUUAUGAAUACUGAGUAUACCAUCCAUCUAGCUAACACCAACCUAUAUUUUCAGUUUUGCAAAUCAUUUAUUUUGUAUAUAUUUAGCUCACACCAUUUCAAAUCAAUAAUAAAAUGAUAUAUAAAUGUUCUCUACUGUUCAACAGCUA